AUGGAGAGACAAGACUCAGAAAACUUCGAUACCAUCAUCAAAGAAGGCUGGAUUGAAAAACGCAGCCGCUUCCUCAAAGAAUGGCGAAGAAGGUGGAUGGUUUUGACUCCCCGAUAUCUUGUGUCCUUUAAGCAACAGCAGGCAUAUAGAGAAAAAGCUACUGAGAAAAUCAGGCUUUCGGACUGUUCUACUGUAAAAUCAGCUGAGGAAGAGACCAAAAAAGAUUUCGCGUUUAGAAUUGAUACGAGGGACAGGGUUUUCUUUUUCAGCGCUCAAGAUGCAAAUGAUAAGGAAACUUGGAUUGGAAGCAUUGGAAGAGCAAUGGUGAGACCGACUGUUAUGAGAAGCAAGAGUGAAGAAGAUGCGUUAAAUGGGUAG